UGCGGGGCUGCGGUGGGGUGAGAACCCCAAAACACCCCUCGGUUCCGGUAACGAAAGAGUCACCCGCACACGCCAAGACGCCACUUCCCUGAGUGGGGGAUGACUCAGCCCCAGUUACACCAGCACCGCCACAGAGCUCUUCCUCCGGCCGCCCCAUGAGCCGCUCGGACACCGCUCCGGACCCGGAGGCUCCGGUCGCUGGGGAUGGCUCCGAGCAGGAGAAGCCGAUGGAAGAAGCAACGAGCAGCGGGGAGAAGGAGAAAGAGGAGGAGGAAGCCUUCCUCAUCAGCCUCUACAAGUUCAUGAAGGACCGACACACGCCCAUCGAGAGGAUCCCCCACCUCGGCUUCAAGCAGAUUAACCUCUGGAAGAUCUACAAAGCCGUGGAGAAGCUGGGGGCCUAUGAGCUGGUGACGGGGCGACGGCUCUGGAAGAACGUCUACGAUGAGCUCGGGGGCAGCCCCGGCAGCACCAGCGCUGCCACCUGCACCCGGCGUCACUACGAGAGGCUGGUCCUCCCGUACGUGCGGCAUCUCAAGGGGGAGGAUGACAAACCUCUGCCCCCCAGCAAGCCCCGCAAGCAGUACAAGGUCUCCAAGGGCACCGAGACGGGCGAGAAAGGCAAGAGGGGCAAGAAGGAGAAGGGCCGGGAGCAGCCUCCGGAUAAGGCAAAGCAAGAGGCAGGAGCCGGCCUGGAGGAUGCAGAGCGGGGCCGGGUGGCAGAAGGAUGCUCCAGCCCGGUGGUCCUGAGCCCUUCGGGGGGGUGUCCUGACCCCUGCAGGACCCACAGCGAAACCUACAAGCGCCUUUUCUCCAGCUUCGCCUCCAAAGGCAACCACCCCAUCAUGUCCCCGCUGGCCAAGAAGAAGCUGCUGGCCCAGGUGAGCAGGGCAGAGUCCUUGCACUGCCCCAAACACCCCAACGGUGACACUGGCGCCAGCCCCAAGCCCCUGGCCGCCACCAGCUCCCACCUCGAUGAGCAGAGGAGCCCGGAGCCGGCGGGAGCUCGGGAUGCAGCUCCCGGCCCAAGGAGCGAGGUGGGACCCAUCACGGGCACAUCCCGCUCCGGCAGAGACAGCCAGCCCUGCCCUCGGGCCGAGGAGGGAGGCCCGGUGCCCGCUGUCUUCACCGGCUGUUUCCAUGCGUACCGCAGCGAGGUGCUGCCUCCCGGCCGCUGCCCCCCGCUCUGGGGGUGCUUCUCCAGCUUGAAGGACUUCCUGGAGCCCCCUUCCUCCUGCCCACCGCGAGCCAAGGAGCAGGAGCAGCCCCAAGACCUGCGGAGCAAAGCGGGGCAGCCGUGGAGUGGUGACAGGCAGCAAGUGGCCACGGUUAAAGGGUGCUGGGUGCCCCCCAGCGCCAGCUUCACCCCCGCCAGGGGCAAGCGCAGCCGGGAGCAGGAGGAGGAGGAGGAAGAGGAGGAAGAGGAGGAGGCAACCUUCAGCCCCAGCGUGAAGUUACGGGCUGUGCCCCCCUUCAUCAAGGAGGCUGACGGCAGGGACACGGGGCGGCAGCAAGGGCUGGCCAAGCCCAAGGCCGUGGUGGCCACCCCUGGCUACGCCGCGCCGCUGCCGCAAGCCCCGGACGCUUACAAGGGAGCGAUGCUGCAUUUCCCGGGCAGCUUUGGGAGCCCGCUGGAGCACCUCAAAACCCAAGGGGUGCCGGUGGCACCGUCCCUCUCCAUCAAUCCCUUCAUCAUUCCCGCUUUUCCCAGCCCCUUGGUGGCCACCUCCGACCUGGGCACCGGCCCCAGGCACUACACGGUGUCCUACGAGAGCUCGCUGCGGCACCGGCACUACCCGGCAGCGACGUGGCAAAGCCAAGCCCCUUACACCCCCCGGCACGUACCGGCCUUCCAUCGCCAUGCCAAGCUGUAGUGAUGCUAUCCCGGGCUGGAUCAGCCUCGUUCCCUGUGGAGGAGGGAGGCUGGGAUGCUGCGACUGCUUCAGAGCCUGUGGCAACAAAGGGACUGAGAGGAGACAAUCUGGAGCGUGUCAUUUUUACUCUUGAUCUUAGAGCUGUUUGUAUCCACUUUGUUAUGCUGGUGACUUAACUACCAAUAGCACAAGGUUAUAUAUAUUAUAUAUAGAGAGAGAUACAUACACACAUAAAAAAAAAAGGG